GACCCGCGAAAGGCGCCUCGGCGGGCGCAGACGGCGUGGAACUACUACACCUCGAAGGCGCGGCGCGCGCUCAAGCGGGAGCGCCCGCAGGCGACCGAGGAGGAGCUGCAGGCUCUGCUCAAGGCUUCCUGGGAGCAGCUGCCCGCUGCCGAGAGGAGCGUGUACGAGGGCAAGGCGGCGGCGGACCGCGAGAGGCACGCGUCGCAGCUGGCCCUGCACGCGUCGCACCGCAGC